UUCACAGUCGGACAAAUGUCAGUAUUUCGUACGGGGCACAUAGUUAAUUUCAUUAUAUUUUCUCCUGCAGUGCAUAUCUCAACCAAUUUCGUUGAAGAAUAAGAAUAUUUUCCCAAGGAAACUCUCAUUUCGGCGUGGAAACUUGGCAUCAAGGAUGUCUGACUACUCAAAGUUCCUGUCCAACCUGACGGAUCAGCUGGGUCUGUUGCCUGUACCUACGCCCAGAGGAUUGGUAGGACUGGGCAGCAAUCUGGGCAGCCUGCGCCCCGCCCACAAGGCUUUGAUGUACGUGGGCGCGGCCACCGUGGCUUGCGUUGUCCUGGGCUUUACUGUGAAGACUCUGAAGAGACGCGGCCGCAAGGACAAGCCGCGGAUCAUCAAGGUGCAACACGGGGUGCCGAUCAAGCGGGACCUCGAGGGGGCUGAUAAGGUCGAAGGAUCCUUCGGGGAGGAGCAAGUACCCAAUAAGUAAAGGGAACCCAAGAAUCCUUAAGUCUGGAGAAUCCUAAAUAUCUAGGACACGUCCUACUAACAAACACUUUCAUUAUAUAUCUUUUGACCCUGUUUUGUGCGUUGCAACGUUUACUGUAUAUUUUGUAAUUUUAUAGUGUUAAGAAAAGCGAUUGUAGAAAUGACAUUUGUUCCAAAUUAAAUGAAUGCCCAUUAACAUUCAA